GGAAAAAAGAGAUGGGUAGCACAGCAGCAGCACGCACGCCGGUGGGUUUCUGCAACCUGAAAUAGGCCCCAAUCUGAAGCAUCAACUAGAGCUGUCCGCCGCCGCCGCCACUGGCCGCCUCUCUGCCCGGAGCACUCCUCGCCAUCCUCUCCGGAUCUAACUCCGCCGAGCUGCCGCUCUCAUCCCCGCCCUUCUCUCUGUGGUCAAAGGCGCCACCGGCGACCCCUUGCCCCCCCCCUUCCGGCGGCACACCGCAGUCUAGCCCCUCCCCUGGUCGGGUGCGACGCGCAGCUGCCGGCGAGCCAGCGUCCUUCCCGCCACCAGCUCGGGGACAGUGUUGAUCGGCACCGCGCAGAUCUCAUACCCUGUUCCGCCACUUCGACGGAGAUGGGGCUCGACGCCUUUGCGGCCGUGUGCUGUGCUAUUCCAGUACUCGUAUCCUUACUCGCCGUCCGUGUGGCUUACGUGCUUUGGCGCAGCGGCCUGCCGCCGAAGAAGCCUCAUGCUGCUGGACUGCGGUGUCUCAUCGUCCUCGGGUCUGGAGGGCAUACUGCAGAAAUGAUGAAUAUUAUAUCUGAGCUUCAGAAGGAUAGGUUUACGCCCAGGUACUAUGUGGCUGCACUUACUGACAACAUGAGCCUUCCAAAGGCCCAGGUCUACGAGUGGUCACUGAUUCCAGCGCAGGGCGGGAGAGAGAAGAUCAUCGAGAACGGUCAGUUCACACAGAUAUAUCGUAGCCGUGAAGUAGGCCAAUCUUACGUUACUUCCAUUGCAACAACAUUGCUUGCUGUUCUGCAUGCUAUGUGGAUAGUAACAAGAAUCAGACCACAAGUGAUAUUCUGCAAUGGUCCUGGGACAUGCAUUCCUCUAUGUGCCUCAGCUUUCCUUCUGAAGGUGCUUGGUUUGGGAUGGUCCUCCAUUUUCUAUAUUGAAAGUAUUGCAAGGGUGAAGAAGCUUUCCUUAAGUGGUUUACUGUUGUACAAGCUACGGUUAGCGGACCAGUUUUUUGUGCAGUGGCCCCAGCUGCAGCAGAAAUACCCUAGAGCACAGUAUGCUGGCCGUUUGAUGUGAAGAUUCACCCUCCCUUCAGCGAUAUUGGGGCAGUCGGUUGCUCUUCUCAAGGUUUUGAACGUGCUGAUGAUAUAUGUAACAACUAGAGAAAUACAGGUGUAGUGGAAUGAUACUUGGCGCACCCUUUUGCCAGAUUUCUUUUCUUUCCUUUUCUACCUUUUGCUUGGCAUAGGCUUGCAGCUUUUCCUAAGAAACAUUUCGAAAAUUCUUGCAACACUGACUUUUGCUUUGGGAAUGUCAUGCCCCCCUGUGAAAUAUACCCUGUAACUUUGCAAGGUUAAGUGUAAAACUCUUGUGUGAGUUUCAGCA